AGUAAGCAUUUUUACGACGUCAUAACGAUGAAUUGGACGUUCGAUAUAGUUAACGAAAAAAAUGUUGAAAGAUCUGAGGAUGCAGCAGAAAAUCUAGAACCUGGUAUUUUGCUGAAAGGACUUCUACUCAAUGGAGCAACCUGGGACUACGAAAAUAAUUUUUUGAGUGAGACCGUGAACAAAAAUUUGCACUGCCCUAUGCCGCACAUUAUAAUGCGACCAUCCAAUUUUGUUUUUGCGUCUGACUACCAAGAUUUUUUCUUGUGCCCUGUUUUCACAAAUUGCGAAAAUGAACCCUUAUUAUACAUUCCGCUCAACCCAGGCGCCAACGCUGCUGGACACUGGACGAGGAUAGGAGUGACGAUGCUCACAAAAUUGAAUUAGUUUAUAUUAAAACAUUGCAGGAAAAGAGUUUUGUAUCAACAAUU